AUGAAAAUUGAUCAUCAGAAUUUCUCACCAUGCAACGGAGAGUUGCCUCCGCUUUGUGCCAAUUUGAUUGAAACUAUCAAAAAUGCAACCACAGUGGAACGAUUCAUUGAGGAGUUGAAUCGCGCAAGAGAUCUCCAAGCAGUCUUAGGAAAAACGGAACUGUCACGAUGGGCAGACGUGCUAAAUCGUUGUGAUGAAAUUUUAGAAGAUGCGACUGUAAUACAGAAUUACGAAAUGAAAGUUGAUAAAUGCCCAGUUACGAAAUACAACACAAUUUCCAUCUUGCGCUUCACUGGUCUUCUUUUCGAUUGCACUUCAACUAGAAGGAUAUAUGCCAGCACAGACGUAUGA